UCUGUUCGUUUCUGCUUCCUUUUCGAAAUCAUGUCAGGGAACUGAAGCAAACAAGAUAGAACAGAGGAAGGUUUGGACGACCCUCUUCCGCGUUUCUCUGAGGCAUUGUGGUCUUCAUGGAUCCUAGUAAAGGAAGUUUAUGAGAUCGAAUCUGGGCACUUGUACUUCAUGGCAAAAGGAGGGAAGUCCUUUCAAGAUACAGAAGGAAGGCCACAGCGCUCUCGGCCGAUGAAUGAGAGUGACGAAGAUAUCAACUGUUUCACUGAUGCAGAGGACGAGGCUUGGCAUUCUCCAUGUAAUUCAAGUUUUACCUGUUCGGCUUCCGACAUGUUGCGCUUCUCCUGUGCUUCCCAUUGCGAGAUCGAUGGAUCCCCUGAGGCUGGCAGUAAAUCCUAUGUCUCGGACCGUUCCCUUCAGGGCGACCUGGAAAGUGGGAUUUGGGAGAUUAAGAAAGGGGAUAAGGAUUGCAGGAUUUGCCAUCUCAACUUGGAGGAAGCUGCUCCAGAGUCGGGUGUUCAGAUUCUGCUGGGCUGCUCUUGCAAGAAUGACCUGGCUAUUGCCCAUAAGCUGUGCGCAGAGAAAUGGUUCAAGAUCAAAGGAAACAAGACUUGUGAGAUUUGUGGCUCAACUGCACAGAAUGUGGUGGUUUCAGAUGAGGCCGAGUUAAUUGAGCAAUCAAAUGAGGCUGAUACAACAAGAGCUCCACAUACACAAGCAACCGAAACACACGGCUUUUGGCAAGGCCACCGCUUUCUCAACUUCCUGCUUGCAUGUGUGGUGUUUGCCUUUGUUGUUUCCUGGCUCUUUCACUUUAACAUUCCUGGAUGACUGGAUAUGUUAUUAGUAACCAAUAUUAUGGUAAAGAAUUUAUAUUUUUAACUGGUUCAUCAAAUUAUGUUGCCUAAUAGGGACAGAGAUCUAUUUGUCAGCAAGAAUGUAAGUUUCUCUUGUCAAUUUGUGGCAGUAGAAAUCAA